GAAAUAUUUGAACUUCCUUGUGACAACUUCCAAUGUACGUUUUGGUUUACACUGGACAAUUAUCAGAAGUUCUGGGUGAAUAGCCGCGGUUUUUGCGUCCCAUGCACGUUGGAAUACCGACGUCAAUUGUUUUGUUAAUCGAUUGGACCAAAAAGCGUUGAAAAGUGUGCGAAUGCUGCGCGUAUUCGAAACGUGUUCAACAACGGAACGCGGUAAAGUUUUUGCAUGAGUUGAACGCUGCUUGCGGAUAAGGAGAGGCGAAGGGAAGGCCUGUGAAGCCUGGGCUUUUUUCUAGCGCUAGUCAUGGCCGGAAAUUUUGAUUCGGAGGACCGAGGGAGCUGGUAUUGGGGGAGAUUAAGCCGGCAAGAGGCGGUUUCGCUGCUCCAAGGGCAGAGGCAUGGAGUGUUCCUGGUGCGGGACUCGAUCACUAUUCCCGGGGACUACGUGCUGUCUGUGUCGGAGAACUCCAAAGUCUCUCAUUACAUAAUAAACAGCAUCAGCAGCAAUCGCCAGUCAGGACCAGGGCUUGCUCCUCCUCGGUUCCGGAUUGGAGAUCAGGAAUUUGAUGCCUUACCUGCCCUGUUGGAGUUCUACAAAAUCCACUACCUGGACACCACCACUCUCAUUGAGCCCAUUAGCAAAUCCAAGCACUCGUCUUUCAUCAGCGUCAAUGCGGGGACAGGAGGAGCUCCUCCGAGGCUAGAAGAGGAGUACGUCAGAGCUCUCUUCGACUUUCCCGGCAACGACGACGAGGACCUUCCAUUUCGAAAGGGUGAUGUUCUUCGAGUGCUGGAGAAGCCAGAGGAGCAAUGGUGGAAUGCUCAGAAUUCAGAAGGCCGUGUUGGCAUGAUCCCUGUGCCCUAUGUGGAGAAGUACCGACCUGCCUCACCGACAUCAGGUGCACCUGGCGUAUCAGUCAGUGGGUCCGGUGCUCACGGCAACUCUGACGGCCACAGCACUCAGUCUCCACCUCUGCUUGGUGAACCGGGCCAAUACGCCCAGCCCACAUCCUUACCCAAUCUACAGAAUGGCCCAGUUUAUGCCAGGGCGAUUCAGAAGAGAGUCCCCAAUGCCUAUGAUAAGACAGCUCUUGCUUUGGAGGUCGGCGACAUGGUAAAGGUGACCAAGAUCAAUGUAAACGGGCAGUGGGAGGGUGAGUGCAAGGGAAAGCAUGGCCAUUUUCCCUUUACCCACGUCCGCUUGCUGGACCAGCACAAUCCAGAGGACGAACUAAGCUGAGAGAGCAGACUGUCUUACCUAGCAGCCCUUAGAUGUACACUCACACACAUACACACACACACACAUACACACACUCCGGCUCCUCACACAUCCUCACUACUGCCCUUUACCUGUCCGCCUCAUCAUUACCUUGUGCCAUUGUGUCUCAUGCCAAUGUACACAAUUCCCUUGUUAGGUUUUAUGCAAUAAUUAAAGAUAUUUACCAAGUAAACACUAAAUUUCACAUACAACACCAUACACUACAGAGAGAGGAGCAUUAGUGUGGGGCUUCUUG